GUGGGCGAUGAUGACCUGGGUUACACAGCACCAAAAAGAUUCCCCGCCUUGACUAACUUGACUUGCCUAGCUACUUAGACAGCGGAGAGGCCAAGUAAGAUACGCGGGUCUGACAAAAGGCCCUCGCACUACACGUCCUUAGUGCCCAAGUCGCGCCGACUAGAUCCUGACGAUAUGGAUACCCGCCAGUGCCAGGCAGCCGCAAACGAGAAUCCUUAGCCCCGAGUCAGCCUUAUGUCCAUGGGGGGACCCAGGCGUGGCGUCUGGCUGCUGGAGGGGAAGGAAGGCUCGCUUGCAGUGCCGAGGCACGUGAAUCCACACAUGGGCUCAGGGGCCCGCACGACAGCAGCAGCAGUGACACCAACCAACCAACACACAGCACGCGAGCAAAGUCAGCCCAGCCAGUCAGCCCAGUCCAAGGAGACAGGACCAAACGAAACACACAAGUCCUUCUGUCUACUACAUCUGUUGUCUGUCUGCCUGUCUGCCUCUUGUUUUCUUGUCUCUUUCCGCCCCAGCUCGGAGAGAAAUCCGCAGUGGAGCAAAGGGCCUUUCACACCUGUCCCCACCCGCACGAGUUGAAGCCGGCGAAUCGCAUGGCAGGCGUUAUUCCGCAGAACCCCCAUGCCCCGUCCUGGACGAUACUACCGCUCAGCCCCCCCUGUCAGGUACCGGUACGUUCGACUAGAAUACCCACCCCGCCCCCUUGUCAGGACGCAUGUGGCAUUUUUUCUGCCUUUCUUCUUUUUCAGCCUUGCAAAAGGGUACCGUUGGGGCCACGGGAAGGGGGAGGGCCAGGGAGUGGGACGCGCCGGCAAGUUUGGUGGUGCUGGGCCCCACACCGUGGACUGGGAAAUUCACAAGGCCAUGGCGGGGACUGGGGGGGCCCAGGAGGGGGGCGAGGGGCAUGUGAGGGACCGGUUGGUUCGUUGUUGGGUGGGGCAUUACGGAGUCCUGUGGUGCAAGUGGGCUAACGUGCUUUUGGAUUCAUCGUGCCAGUGCGUCUUGGGCGUGCUGGGGGAGGCAAGGCAGGGCAGGGCAGGGCAGGGCAGGGCAGGGAAGGGAAGGGGAGCGUGGCAGAUCAGGGGGACUUGCGUUUGCUGUCAAAGUGGGAGAGCUAGAGGCGCCCCCACAAGGACGAGAGGGACUGACUCGGUGAACGCCCGGGUAAUGGUCCCGUCCGUGGCACCCGUGGGUUUGCAUAUUGAAAGGCAGGAUCCAGUCCGAGAUGAGGAAAUGCACUUGCAGCCAGCCAGCAGCGAAGAAGAGGCACUGGUCCCCACCGCGAAGACAACAAGUGAGUGGCCAGACAGCUGGGCUGGAGGGGCUGCUGGUGACCUCGGGAGGUCUCAUCAUCGUGAUCCCCCUUUACACCUCUCUCUCCCCUUGCCCCCUUUGCAACUGCCCGCUGUUCGGCGUCUUGGCCGUCUGGGACGGGCCUCCGGAAGGCGUCCCUUGGAUAUCUCUCUUGGAUACCAUGCCGGGUACAUACUAUGUACAAUCUUGCCAGCUCGGCAUCAAAAGUGGACACCCGGUCAGCCUCCAGGUGCUGCACCUUUUACAUCAUCGCUCCGCCUGGCAGAUACCUGCGGACCCAAGAAGCAUAUCAUAUUGAAACAGCUUCGAGUGUCGUACCCACUCCACGUAGCACGUAAUACGUGUAUCCAGUGUCUUUGCUCUGCCAGGCGAGCCGGAUGA